GAAGACAUCUGUCAAAACAACGACGAACUUUUAAAUUUUGUGUUUGUUUGUGUUUGUAUUGUAGGUUUUUAAAUUAUAAUUAACUAACCAGGACUGUUUUAAUAAAGUAUAUACUGUCGACAUUAAAAUGUAAUUUUACUAGAACUUUGACAUGAGCUCAGCUAGAUUAAGGUUUAAUUGUAAAAAUACCGUAAAAGUAAAAUGGAAAAGUCGUUCGCCCAGAUCCGAAAAGAGCUCAAUGAAUUGGGGUAUACUGAAACUUUAAGGCCAGAAUGUUUGCCGUUGGUUCGAAGGCUUCUUGGCGAUCUAAUUAUUACCACAGACAGUCUAAGGAAGUACAUGAAAAUCUCUCAACAAGCCUUAGAAGAAAGGGAUACUUUGCAAUUAGGAGCUGAGCCAUAUAAAUGUGAUAAUGCCAAACUUGUAAAGGAAUGCAAUGAACUACAUUUAGCUUUCAUACAGUUUAAAGAAGAACAUGAAAAAGUUCAAAGAGAUUUAAGAACUAAAAUAUUAUCAUUAGAAAACCAGAUCACAGAUUGUGCUAUUGAGAAACAAAAACUCGUAGAUAAAUUGACAGAACUACAGUCUGAUUUUAAAAGUUCAUCAACAAUAAAAAGAGGUCACACAAAUUGUAAAUUUCAGGCACAAUCUCCCAAAUUAAAGUCAAAACAAGAAGCAGAACAAAACAGAAAAUUCCAUUUAAGCACUGCUAUGGCUACAGCUGAUUCUAGAAUAGCCUAUCUUAGUCAAGAGAUUAAAAAAUUAAAAGAAGAGCAACUGAAUCUUUUAAAAAAUAAUGAUUGUUUAACUUCACAGUUAGAAAAUCGUAAUCAAGAAAUAAAAAGGCUGAAUACACUUAUGGAAGGAGGUAGACCAACCAAAGCAAUAAGUAGAGAUUGUUGUUAUAAAAAUAUUGAUAAUAAAAUUGGAUCUCUACAAGAUGAGAUAAAUACACUGAAAAGAGAAAGAAAUACACUUCAAAACCAACUGACAGAAGCCUUGGCCAGACAGCACGAGGCUAUGCGACGAGCUCUUAAUUUAGCAGAGAGAAACAAACUUUUAGAAGACGAGAUGAAAAACAUAGACCAAAUAGCCUUAACAGUGGAAGCUCAGUGCAAUGAUACAGUGAAGACGAAUGUUGAAAAAGUGUCAAGAUUGCAGGAUCGAAUGAACGAAUCAGUAGUAACAGUACAAACAUUGGAACGGGAAGUCACCAAACUUAAAGUGGAGAAAACUGAAUUGAUUUCCGAGUUGGAAGCUAUCAAAUUUGAAAAGAAAAAUUUGCAGAUGUUGCUAGAAACGGAAACUGACGACAAAAAAAGACUUAUGGAUCGCCUAAAUAAUUUUACAGUGAUAGAACAAAGUUUAAACAUGGAAAUUGACAGGUUGUUAAGACUUUCAGGAGAACAAAAACGAAAAAUUGCUGAAUUAGAAUCUGAUGUUAUCGCCAGUAAAGUUGUUUCUUCGAAUUUAAGAUCAAGCCUCGAUGUAGAAAACUUGCAGAAACAACGAUCUCAAGUACCUGAUUCAUCUACGCACACCAAGAAAAUAUCGGUUACAAAAACUCACAAAACAACUUGCAGGAAAGCUCUUUCUGGAUCCGCUAAACUGGAUUCGGUAGCGAAAGAAGCUAAAGAUAGUUUAAAUCAUAUCAAACCGUUACCUCCUGGCUUGCAGUACGAUCCUAAAAUGGGAUCAAAGUGUUGUUGCGAAGUAGGCGGUUGUAUUAAAUGGAUGAGGGAGCUGCUCGAGAAAGAUAUAGCUUCGAGACAAGAACAGGCUUCGCAGCAAAUUGAAUCUUUACGAAAAGAAAAAGAAUUUUAUUUAAAGGAAUACCACAAAUUAUUAGAACAUAGCAAGUCAACACCACGAUUUGAGAAAUCCAGUAAACAAGUUGAAGAGUUAACGGAUAAAAUACGAGAAAAAGAACUGAUUAUAACUACUCUCCAAGAUGAUUUAAAAAAUGCCACUACCGAAAGGUAUGCUUUGUCGUCUAGACUUGAAGCUCAAAAUCGGGAAAUGACUGACAUUGAAACAGAUAGAUACUGUACGAAGACUGUCUGCAAAAGGAGAGCAAGGGAAUUAGAUGUACACCGAGAAGAAGUUAAACAUCUGGAGAAAGAAAAUUCUGCACUUAAAGGCAGAAUACAAGCUCUUAACGAAUCUUCGGUAUUCAACGAAGAAAGAAUGAAAAGGGCUUUUCAAGAAAUGGAGGAACACAUAACUAAACUCGAGAAUGAAAGAAGGGAUUUAGUUAUUAGCCAAAAUACUAACCGGUCCAACAUAACGCAACUUGAAGAUGAAUGUCAGAUCCUUAAAGAGAAAUUGAAAUUAGCACAAAACGAAGCUAAUAGUCAUAAAGCCAAUUAUGAACAACUGAAAAUACUUCAUGAUCAAUCAAACCGAGCAUUGUCUGAUACACAAUCCCAGCUUCUCAGGGCCGAAACAGAAUUGCAGAGUUUACAUUCCAAGAUGAAUCUUAGCCAUCGGGAAACGUCCGGAUAUGAAAGAGAUAUCGCUCGUCUACAAGGAGAUGUAGAGGUUAUGAAGAGUCAACUAAAUAAGAUUGAUAAAGAAAAGGACGAGUUAUUGAAUGUUGUAGACGAUAAAACUGAGCAAAUAGACAAACUAGAAAAUCAACUUAAAGAAAAACGACAUCAGAUCAGUGCUUUGGAAAUUGAGAAUAAAGAGAUUAAGAGAAGACUGGGCAAAGUCACCGACGAUUCGUCUUCUAAUGAGCUGCAACUAAGGAGUUAUAAACAAGAAAUAAAUCUUCUGCAACAAGAUUUGGAUAAUGAAAGACGUUUGAAAGAAGCCGUUAUUCAAGAAAAUAGUAGGCGUUUGCAAGAAGAUCUAGCCAGCGUAUCCCUAGACUGCCGCGAUGCUAGAAAAGAGCUCGAUAUAGCCAAGAGACAGGUGGAAGAUUUAAAAACUCAACUGCAACAUUACGUCGCCGAAGUUAAACGAACGGAAGACCUCAUAUCUCAAAAAGAAUUAGAAAGGGCAGAAGUAUUGGAUCAGUUUAAGAGCUUAUCACAAGAAAACAACCUUUUGGAAAGCACAAAUCACACUUUAGAAAACGAAGCAUCUCAAUCUCGAGUGCAACUCUCUGUUGCUUUAGACCACGCGACAGAUUUAGAAAGACAUGUUGAAAAUCAAGAGGCUAUUAUCAAGAGCUACGAAAAACAGAUAUCGGAAUUAACUACUCAGGUAGCUAGUUUAGAAAUCCAGCUAAAGCAGGGUUCUUCCAUGAGCGUUAGAACUACAACGGAACUGAAACAACUAAAGGACCUGUGUGUAAAACUCGAUCGUGAAAAGGAUGAAUUAAAACGAACGUUAAGAGAUAAGGAAGAUGAAAAAUCGAGCAUUGAGCGACAAAUAGACCUUCUCUCUAGGGAAAACAGGGAAUUAAAAAGGGCUUUGGAUAAAGAUCAAGACAAUCAAACUGGUUUGGAACGAUUGUUGAACGAAGCUAGACAAGAAGUUAUUGAGCAAAGAUUACUGAAUGAAGACUUGCGAUCAGAAGUUGCAAAAUUGGGAAUAAACGUCAAAGAACUUCAAGAAAAUCUAAGAUCAACAACCGCAGAAUUGGAUCUAUACCAUGAGAAAGCUUUAGAAUAUAGUCAAGAAAAUAAGCAGUUAAGGAGGGAUAUCGCCAAUGAAAGAUUUAGUAGGGCCAGAGAAGAUGACAAUAAACGCUAUCCUUCACUUUAACGUAUACUAUUUGAUUUUAUAUUUAUUUUACAAUUGACAGAGUAAGUUAUUGUUUAUUGGUAGUACUUGAAAUUACCAGUUCUAUACUUGUUAUGCUGAUACAAAUCGUGUAGAUCUCUGCAGCUUCUUAUGUUAUUUAUUGUUUGCAGCAGACGCCAAUUGAAGUUUUGUCUCGCUAAUUCUUAAAUAACUCUUUUGGGUAACAUUGGCUAAGAAAAUCGUGGCAAUGAAACAGUCUGCCACUGAAAGAAUACCGGCGAAACGAUCUCUUCCUAACGAUUGGUCAGUAGAGGCGAAAAUUUCUGGGUUAUAACGCAUCUGACUGAACCUCACUAUAAUUGACAUUUACUCUAAUAUCUAUUGUGCUAAUUUUCGAUAUAGAGUAUAGUAAUUUUGUCCAUUCCAUUUUUGCUGCACUAUGUUCACUUUUAUCUUUUCCGUUGAUCACAAACUUUAUUUCCAACACUUCUGCAUAUUUUACUUCUCAAUACUUUAAUCAGUUUUUUAUCUUAUUUAUAUUAUUUCAGUUCUGUGUUCAAUCAAUUAUCCAUACGUUUGUUAUUUUUUGUGUAUUUUUAAAGUAGUAUUAAUGAAUAAAGAACCAUUAAAAAACCAUUAAUAUAUCGUCGCUUAACCUUCGUCGGGCGGCAUAGGUACAAUUGCAACUUUUGAGUUUUUAAAUUGUGAUAACUUUUUUUUUCAAAGAGGUAGAGACUUGAACUGUUGUGACAUCUCUACAUUUAUAUAGUAGAUUAUGUUAGUCAAAUUUAACAAAAAAAUCUUUAUUCAGUUGACUUAAAUAGGCUUAAAUAGUUCCUUUCCUACCCUUAUAAACGACGGCAUAGGUACAUUUGUACCUUGUUCAUUUUUUUAAGUAAAUAAUUUAAAAAAACAAUAUAUUUUCUAUUUAACUGAUAGCUUAUUUGAAUCAAAAUAAAAAAUGAAUGUUGGUUUGGAUUUUCGCAACCCAUACAUAUCGUUUUAGACAAAGAAUGUUCGUCACACACGUGUAGAAAACAUACUACACACGUGUUUCUUCUUUUUACGAUGUUUUUUCCGUUCGUUUCGACAAACAUGAUAACUUCCGGUUAUUGGAGUAGAUCCACGAAUGCUGUGAGAUACUUGAGGAAAAGUUUUCUUCUUCUUCUUCAACCUGUGUUCGUCCACAGCUGGACAUAUGCCUCUUCCAUUUGCUUCCAUCGAUUUCUACUCUUGGCAGUUCUCAUCCACUGCUUGCCCACGACUUGUUUGACAUCAUCUACCUACCUCUUCCGCGGUCUGCCUACAGGAGGAGUAUCUACAGCAAAUACAUACUCUGUUUUAAUUAAGGACCAUUUGUACAGCACUACGAAGAAAAUGACUUGUCAUCAUCAUCCGGUUUUUACUUUUAGAUUGAAAUGAAGGCAACCAAAUAUCUUUAGAAUGAUCCUUCAAAAAUUUCCUGCGUUAGUCCUUUGUGUUUUGUGAUGGAUUAUGCUUUCGAUGUAUAAUGUAACAUGCUAAGCUAGUGACGUCAAUCAUAAUAUUAUAAAAAAGGCCAAGGGCCAACGCAAUGUUCGACAUAAACUACUGGGUGAGUAUACAGUCAAAUACUCACCCAGUAUUUUAUCCAUGUUAUCAAUCCCGCUUUGGUUUUAUUGUAAUACUGAAUUAUUCCGGCUUCGGUACUUCACUGUCUUCUACUUUUUCUGUCAUAUGCAUGGACGAGAGUAACACUACUUCUUUGUUCUUUGGCACAUAUAAGAGCAUACAGUAACAUCAUGAUUGUAACUAUGCAAAAUGUGUGGAAAGACCAGCUCUUUCCUUGUUUGCUUGCACAUUUUUGGGUAGAAAUCUCUUAUUUUUUCUAACUGUGCCUACUAGCCCUACAAACCUCAUGUGCAAUGAAGUCAAGAAUUUAGCGAAUUCAAAACUGGUAACAAAGUUAUUGGUGGUAACAUUCUGCCCAUAACCUUUAUAAGACGUGACCAGAUCCAAAACUGAUUGUUCGCCAACGUAAACUUAUCGGGAACCAUAUGCUGUUUUUCCAAUAUAAAGAUUAUCUUGUACGAGAUAAGCGUUUGAUGCAUCACAAGCCAAAUAUACUUUGAUCCCAUAUUUAGCGAGUUUGGAACGUAUUGUGUAAAAUUUGUACGGUCUCUAAAUGGAAACGAUUGUUCAUCGGUGGUUAUGAAUUGGGAUGGUUUGGAGCGUUGUUGCAAAUUUUUAUUCAGCAUUGUCUAGGGGUCAUUCCAUUUCAAAUAACUCAAUUUUGGAGCAAAAAAAAUUUUGGACCUCCGAUUUGUCUGAAAAUUGGUAUAUAGCUUCUGCGGGACGUAAAAAUAAGAUAUUUAAGGUCAAAAAAUCUUCUUCUUCUUUUUUUCUCAAAAUGUUAUUUUAUGCGAUUUUACAGUGACUUGGUGUGUAUUUAAACAAAUUUGCAUUUUCUGUCGUAAAGUAUGAAUGGAAAACAUAAUAUUUUAAUAGAAGGGACUCAAAA